CUUCAAACCAUGAGCGCCUAACAGUCUUCUUCAAGUUGUGUAUAGAAUUACAUUGAUACUUUUUCGCUUGAUCGCUUGCUGUAUAAAUACUUGCGACAAGAGAAUAACACAAAUAAAAAAGUGUAUGUGAAGAGCUCGCAGUCAAAAAGAAGUUACAUUACAAUACAUAUAAUAUGCUCGAUAAACAGAUAUUACUUCUAAUUAGUGUGUGCUCUAUACAAGUCCUUGCACUUGUUAAAGCUAACAAUAACAAAAAUAUACCAAAAUGGAAGAAACAGGCCUGCGAAGUUCCUCAACAAAAUGAAUAUUUUCAUUACAAAUGUGAUGAAAAUGGUGAUUUGAAAUGCUUACCCGGUUGGCAAGGAGACCUUUGUGAUGUACCUAUAUGCAGACAAAAAUGUGAUCCACAGAAUGGAUAUUGUAAGCGACCAUUUGAAUGUCGCUGCAAGCUUGGCUUCUACGGUGAAAACUGUGAACAAUGUAUUCCACUGCCGGGGUGUCAGAAUGGCAUUUGCCACAAUCCAUUUGAGUGCAAGUGUGUUAAGGGAUGGAGAGGUGUCUUUUGCAAUGAACCAAUUUGCAGAGAAGAUUGUCAUCCAACUCACGGAUAUUGUGAAAACGCUGGAGAAUGUAAGUGUAGGAUUGGCUGGACAGGAAAAAACUGUAGAGAUUGUCAAAUUUUACCAGGAUGUAUGCAUGGAACAUGUACAAAUCCUUUUGAAUGCCAAUGUUUACCCGGAUGGACUGGAUUUUUAUGUGAUAGAGCUAUUUGUAAUUUGAAUUGCAAUAAGCAAAGUGGAUACUGUACAAAACCAGGAACAUGUCGGUGUAAAGUCGGCUGGAUAGGAAAUAAUUGCUCAGAGUGUCACCCAUAUCCAGGCUGCAAAAAUGGAAAUUGUACUCGCCCAUGGGAAUGUAAUUGUCAUCCUAGAUGGGGUGGUUUGUUGUGCGACGAAGAGCUUAAUUAUUGUGAAAAAAAUCGUGAUGUAUGCCAACAUGGAACAUGCAAAUCACUGCCGAAAGAUGACGGAAACUUUGAAUGUUCAUGCAUGCCAGGCUAUUUUGGACAAAGGUGCGAUCGAAAGACAGCAACAUCAAUUAGUAGAAUUGAAGUCAUGCCAACAUUUCCAAUGCGAGAAACGUCCUCUCAAAAGCCAUUAUUAAGUGAACGAAACACCACAACUCCAAUUGCAAUUUUACCAACUGAGCUUUCUCUCAUACAUGAAGGGACAGACAAAAAUAUCGAUAAUGAAACAUAAUGUUUUACAAUACGAUAGAGUUUAAGAGAAUAUUUUAGUAUGUUUUUGCUUCAUUUGCUGAAACUCAAUACUUUUAUUGAAAAAC